AUGCUUUCAACUGGUAUUGUACUACUUGCAUCAGCUGCUGCUGUUGCGGCCCAGUGCCAAUUGCCAUCGACAUAUAGAUGGUCAUCUACCGGAGUUCUAGCCCAACCGAAAAACGGAUGGGCUUCUCUCAAAGACUUUACCUACGCUCCUUACAACGGCAAGCAUCUCGUCUACGCGACUUAUUACGGAUCAGCAUAUGGGUCCAUGAACUUUGGCACAUUCUCAAACUGGAACGACAUGGGAUCAGUAAGCCAGAAUGCGAUGUCCCAAGCGGCUGUUGCGCCUACCUUAUUCUAUUUCGCCCCUAAAAGCGUUUGGAUUCUCGCGUACCAAUGGGGAGCUACUGCAUUCUCUUAUAAGACAUCAAGCGAUCCGACAAAUCCAAAUGGAUGGUCAUCUGCCCAACCGCUAUUCAGCGGAACUAUCUCGGGCUCCGACACCGGUCCUAUCGACCAAACCCUUAUUGGCGACAGCCAGAACAUGUAUCUCUUCUUUGCAGGAGACAAUGGCAAGAUCUACCGCGCUAGCAUGCCAAUCGGAAACUUCCCCGGCAAUUUCGGCACGGCGUCUACAGUCAUCAUGAGCGAUACCAAAGCCAAUUUGUUUGAAGCGGUGCAAGUUUAUACACUCAAAGGGUUAAACAAAUAUCUAAUGAUAGUUGAGGCAAUGGGGAACAACGGAAGAUUUUUCCGUUCGUUCACCGCUACUAGUCUGUCCGGAACUUGGACAGCACAGGCAGCGACUGAGAGCAAUCCGUUCGCCGGCAAGGCCAACAGUGGUGCCACUUGGACCAACGACAUCAGCCAUGGAGAUUUGAUUCGCAUCAACGCUGAUCAGACUUUCACAGUCGACCCGUGCAACCUACAGCUUCUCUAUCAAGGACGCAACCCGAAUGACAAUGGCGGUGGAGACUAUAACAAACUGCCCUACCGCCCGGGCUUGUUGACAUUGUUGAACCCAGGGACCAACACUGGUGGCUCAACCACCGCCGCCGCCACCACCACAAGAGCCGCAACAACGGCAGCUCAGAGUACUACGGGAUCUGGAAAUUGCUCGCCGCUUUACGGCCAAUGUGGUGGGGACGGGUUUACCGGGCCAAAGUGCUGCUCUUCAGGAACUUGCAAGUUCAGCAAUCAGUGGUACUCGCAAUGCCUCAAUUAG